AUGCCAGCCACCACCAAUGCCUACCACCUAGGCCCCAAGGCGCCGACCCUGCAGCUCCACCGAGCGUCCUCCCUCCGCCCGUCCGCCCAACCCAUGGCCCGAGUGGCGGGGCAGCAGCUCGCCGCCGCGCUGCUCCUCCUCACCUCGGCCGCCGCCGCGCGCGCCAUCGCCAUCGGCAGCCCCGCCUACAACGUCGUCCCGCGCCUCUCCUCCUUCCAGGAGCACGCCGUCGUCGUCCCGCGCCUCUCCUUCGAGGAGCACGCCAUCAACCAGGACGACUACGGCGGGGACGGGGACGGGGUCGGGGGCGGCGCCGCCUCGGCCGCCGGGGGCAAGGGCCUCGUCGGCAACCCCGUCGUCGCCGAGAUCGUCAACAAGCGCCUCAAGGGCCUCACCGCCACCUUCGCCCGCUCCAUCCGCAGCCAGCUCGGCUACUGCAUCAAGGACACGGACUCGGAGUGGGACGCGGCCUUCAACUUCACCAAGGACACCUCCUUCCUCAACAACUGCAUGAAGCAGACCAAUGGUGACCUGCACCAGCGGGUGUGCACGGCGGCCGAGAUGAAGUUCUACUUCAACAGCCUGAUCGAGAGCGGGGAGGAGACCAGGUGGGAGAAGAGCUACGUCAGGCCCAACAAGAACUGCAACCUCUCCUCCUGGAUCGACGGCUGCGAGCCCGGCUGGGCCUGCAGCGCCGGCGAGCAGAAGGUCGACCUCCAGGACGCCAAGGACAUCCCCUACCGCGCCGACGACUGCCAGGCCUGCUGCCCCGGCUUCUUCUGCCCCCAUGCCCUCACCUGCAUGAUACCUUGCCCUCUUGGAGCAUACUGCCCACUGUCCACCCUAAACAAGACUACGGGGAUCUGCGACCCGUACAAUUACCAACCGCCUGCUGGGAACCCAAACCACACCUGUGGCAGUGCUGACAAUUGGGCAGAUGUGAUGAGCACCGACGACGUUUUCUGCCCGGCUGGAUUCUACUGCCCGAGCACGACCCAGAAGCUCCCUUGUAGUAGUGGGUAUUACUGCAGGAAGGGAUCGACUUCGCAAACCAGAUGCUACAAGAAGAGCGCAUGUCCGCCCAACUCUGUUAAUCAGGACAUUACGAUCUUUGGCAUGUUGCUAGUGAUUGCCUCUUGUCUAGUCCUUCUGAUCAUCUACAAUUUCUCUGGCCAACUUCUAACCAACCGUGAGAAAAAGCAAGCAAAAUCUCGAGAGGCUGCUGCAAGGUAUGCGAAAGAGACGGCGCAGGCUCGUGAGAGGUGGAAAACAGCUAGAGAUGUCGCCAAGAAGGCUAGCACUGGCCUUCAGUCACAACUGUCUCGCACCUUCUCGCGCAAGCAGAAGCCGGGACAGCCAGGGGGGAUGUCAUCGAAAGGCAUGAUGCCUUCAGUUGGAACGGAUGGGGCUGGAAAAAAGAGCAACCUCCCCGACAUGAUGAGCUCCCUUGAAGAGAACCCAGACGGGCCCGAAGGAUUCCAAAUGGAAAUAGGAGAUAAGACCGGCAAGAAGAUGCCCAAAGGGAAGCAGAUGCACAGCCGGAGCCAGAUUUUCAAGUAUGCAUACGGUCAAAUCGAGAAGGAAAAGGCAAUUCAACAGGAGAUGGAGGAGAACGAUAACAACAUGAGUUUGUCUGGUGUGGUAAGCAUGGCCAAAGAGCACGAAGUCGGUUCGAGAAUGCCCAUUGAGGUCGCGUUCAAGGACCUAACUCUGACGUUGACCGGGAGCAAGAAGAAGAUCUUGAGGUCCGUGACAGGAAAGCUCAUGCCUGGCCGCGUAGCUGCCGUCAUGGGCCCAUCUGGUGCUGGCAAGACCACAUUUCUGAGUGCUGUCGCCGGCAAGGCAACUGGUUGUGACACAUCAGGCUUGGUGCUCAUCAAUGGUAAAGUUGAGCCGAUCCGUGCGUACAAGAGGAUUAUCGGCUUUGUUCCCCAAGAUGACAUUGUCCAUGGCAACCUAACCGUUGAAGAAAAUCUCUGGUUCAAUGCAAGAUGCAGGCUGGCAGCAGACAUGUCGAAAGCCGAAAAGGUCCUCGUCGUGGAGAGGGUCAUUGAGUCUUUGGGGCUGCAGCCAGUUCGAGAUUCUCUGGUCGGGACGGUGGAGCAGCGUGGCAUCUCCGGUGGCCAGCGCAAGAGAGUCAACGUCGGUGUAGAAAUGGUCAUGGAACCUUCGGUGUUGAUCUUAGAUGAGCCAACUUCAGGUUUGGAUAGUGCAUCCUCCCUGCUUCUUCUCCGUGCCCUUCGCCGGGAAGCUCUCGAAGGCGUCAAUAUCUCCAUGGUUGUUCAUCAGCCUAGCUACACGCUGUACAGAAUGUUUGAUGACUUGAUACUUCUCGCCAAAGGGGGGAUGACUGUCUACCAUGGUCCAGUAAAGAAGGUGGAAGAAUACUUCUCGGGGCUGGGCAUUGUCGUGCCGGAUCGCGUGAACCCACCCGACUACUACAUUGACAUCUUGGAGGGCAUUGUGAAGCCAAACAUGAGCGCGGGCGUAACCGUUAAGGACCUGCCGCUCAGAUGGAUGCUGCACAACGGCUAUGACGUUCCACGGGACAUGCUGCGGAGCACCUCCGGGUCUGAAUCUUCGUCCAGAGGAGGCGCAGACCCUUCUUCUCCUGGCGCGGACGCAAGCCCAUCCUUUCUAUCAGAAAUGUGGGCCAAUAUCAAGGACACCAUCAUGCAGAAGAAGGAUGAGUUUGACUAUAACAAGUCAACCUUAGAUCUGUCAAACCGCAACACCCCCGGCAUCCUUAGGCAGUACAGGUACUUCCUGGGAAGGGUUGGCAAGCAGAGGCUCCGGGAAGCAAGGAUACUGGCUGUCGACUACCUGAUACUCUGCCUUGCUGGGAUAUGCCUGGGGACGCUGGCCAAAGUGAGCGACGAAACGUUUGGAGCGCUUGGGUACACUUACACUGUCAUCGCCGUCUCCCUGCUUUGCAAAAUCGGAGCCCUAAGAUCCUUCGCCCUGGACAAGAUAUACUACUGGAGGGAAAGGGCCUCGGGGAUGAGCUCGCUGGCCUACUUCCUGGCCAAGGACACCAUCGACCACUUCAAUACCAUCGUCAAGCCCAUCGUCUACCUCUCCAUGUUCUACUUCUUCAACAACCCCAGGUCGUCCAUCUGGGAGAACUAUGUCGUCAUCGUUGCGCUUGUGUACUGCGUCACGGGCAUCGGCUACACCCUCGCCAUCUUCUUCCAGCCAGGCUCCGCACAACUGUGGUCUGCACUGCUCCCAGUCGUUCUCACCUUGAUAGCAACUCAGCAGAAGGACACUAUCAUAGCUGAUCUUUGCUACACAAAGUGGGCUCUGGAGGCGUUCGUGAUCGCCAACGCUCACAACUACACCGGGGUGUGGUUGAUAACACGGUGCGGCUCUCUGCAAAGUAACGGCUACGACAUCAGCAACAGGAGUCUCUGUUUAUGGGUCCUCGUGGCCAACGGGGUGAUCUUCCGCUGCGUAGCCUUCUUCUGCAUGGUAGUCUUCCAGAAGCACUGACCCCUCUGUCGAUAGAUACAGCUGAUCGGUUCAUCGCUUCUUUCUUUCUCUGCGUAACAGAAAAAUGUACAAUUGUUAGAGCUUUCUGUCUUUCACAGCAUGCAUGAGGUGUACAUAAGAACAGAUUUACCUUUUUGUUGUUGUGAAGAUGUAAAGAGCAGGAUGUUGAGUAGCAGCAGGCAGCUGGUCAGGAAUGCCCUAAUUUUUAUGUAGAGGCGUUAUCCAUUUCAGAUUAGCUGAUGAUAGCACAUGUCAGAGGAACACUUCACUUGUUGCCUUCAGUCGAGUAACAUUUGAGGUGCAAAUGUCAAAUUGUUUCUGGCUGUACUGUACUACAUGGUCAGG